AUGUAUAAUCCGGGUCAACAACAGAACUAUCCUCCGGGUUAUGGCCAACCUCAGGGCAACUUUGGAGGACCACCUGCACCACAACCUCAAUAUGGAGCUCCGACUGCACCACAGCCUCAAUAUGGAGCACCUGGAGCCCCACAAAGCCAGUUUGGUGCACCUGGAGCUUCUCAAGGACAAUUUGGUGCAUCUGGAGCCCCACAAAGCCAGAUUGGUGCACCUGGAGCUUCUCAAGGACAAUUUGGCGCACCUGGAGCUUCUCAAGGACAAUAUAGUCCGACUGGAGUCCCACCAGCGCCGUUUGGUGCACCUGGAGCUUCUCCAGUUCCGUUUGGAGCACCAACAGCACCGCAAGGACAAUAUGGCGCACCAGCACCACAAACAUUUAUGCCUGGAUCUCCUGUAGCUGGAGCACCACCUCAAGCACCAAUUGGCUUUGCUCCACCACCGCUUCACCGUUCUUCAGCACCAGGAUGGAACGAUCCACCAAGUACCGUGACUAAUGCUCACAAAAACCGACUUCAUAACAUGAAACGACCUUUGGAUCCUACAAUUACUGUAAGCGUUUUUUUUUGUUUUUUUUUGAAUUUUAGGUGAUAAUUAAGGAAAAAGAAGGCAGUAUUGGUGUGAUAUUCGGAUCGAAAACUUAUUUUAUUGUGAGUUUGGGUAAUAAAACUUGUUUUUUUUUUCAGAAUCCAAGUUAUGGUGGAGCUUACGGCGGCUACGCGCAACAACAAUAUGGCCAAGGUGGUUAUGGACAACAGCCCGGCCUUCAACAACAAAACUCUUUUGAUCAAUAUCAACAAGAUUACGGUCAACAACAACAAUAUCAGGUGCGGAAUUGAAAUCUUUUAUGUUUAGGCUUUGGUUUAAUAUUCAUUAUGGCAUUUGCAUAAAAAUAAUUUUAAAUUUUGUUUUUUAUGCAAAUUUCCUUUACUUUUUGACCUUUUACUUUGCAGCCAGCUGCGGCGCCUUAUGGUCAACAAAUGGGCCAAGUUUCUGGCCAACAGGCGCCUGCUCAACCUUUUGCGGGUCAAAUCUCUCCGAAUGUCGGGUAUCAACAACAACAGGUAUCUCCACCACAGCCUGGAGCACCUGGUUUCGGUGGUCAACAGUCUGGUACACCUGGUUAUGGUACUCAACAGCCUGGAGCAUUUAGUCAACAAGGAUUUGGAGGCCAACCUGGUACACAAACACCAGCUGGACAACCUGGAGCACCUGGGUAUGGCGCUCAACCGGCUAUUACACCAGGAUUUGGGGGUCAACAGCCUGGUACACUUGGAUUUGGGGGCCAACAGACUGGAUAUCCUAAUCAAAAUGUAGCUGCUGGUUCUCAACCUUCAGCUGGACAAGUUGGUGCACCUGGAGUACCACAAGCUCAAGGACAAACUGACACUGCUGGAGCACAACAGAAUUCGCAACCUCUCGGAUUCGCUAAUCAAAACUCAGCACAAACUAGCACACCUUCAGUACCACGACAAACUCAAGGUCAACCUGGUGCACCACAGCAACCAUCUCAAGCACCAACUUCAGCACCAGCCGAAGCCAACUUGCUGGACACAUUAGCUCAAUCAUAUUCGACUCCACAAAGCCAGGCGCCAACCUCUGGACUACAACAAAGUCAACCAGGCUAUCCAGUUGGAACUCCAGCUGGUUAUCCAUAUGGAACACUUGAUACGAAUCAGCCUGGAGCAGUAAGUCAGCCAGCACAAGCACCACAAGCCCAAUUACCAACUAGCUAUCCAAACGUAUCGGCUGUACCUCCACUAUCGCAGCUAGAACCUUCAAACAUUCCUAGUGUACCAGCAGUACCAUCGGGUCAAAGUCAGCAGUUUGGACAGAAUCAAUUCGCCCAAAGUCAACAGUAUGGCCAAGGACAAAACGGGCAAUUCGGACAAAAUAAUCCAACAGCACCACUAAGUGCACCAUCAGCCCUACCCCAAUCGUACACACCAGCCGCCAACACGCCUGCUCCCACACCUGCCUGCGGACUGCCCCAGCCGGCUUAUCCCCAAACCUCAGCCCCACAACAGUACCAGCAGCCCUACUCGCAGUUCCAGCCUAUCCAACCCGGCUUAUAUCCGCAACAAACGCAGCGAUUGUAA